UUUUAAUCGCCAUUAUGAAAAAUGAUUUUGUGUUCAAUAAAUUUUUAAUUAAUUAGAAAAAAAAGUAUUCUUGAUUAAAGCGUAAAAAAGAAAUUAAAGCGACCAAAUUGUAAAUUUUGGUCACGUAAUUGGGUUAAUAAAAGGCAAUGGAAGAAAAUUCAGCUAUAGACGCUAUGCCGGAUAUUUCAGAUCAAAUAAUCCCAGAAUCGAGUUUUUCUGACGCUGAAGAGAGUAGAAAAUCAAACUCUGAAUCAGAAUUUCGAUCAAAUGAACAGACUGAAGAAGAAGAAGCCGCUCCGAAGGGUAACAAUCAUGAAAACGAAAAUGAGAAUCCCGAUUUAAAAAUGCCACCCUCUACAAAUCCCAGUGAAAUUUGGAUUGAAACAUCAACUGAUACUGGUAAGCCUUAUUAUUAUCAUGCGCUGACAAGAGAGACCACUUGGACAAAACCUGAGGGACCAAAUAUAAAGGUUAUACAACAACAACAUAUCUCAGCGGAUAGUUCUGGUGAUAAAAAAAACCAAGCGUCACAUCAAAACUUUGAUAAUGCUAAUCCAUUAUUAAAUAUACCAAAUAGAGUACAGGGUAAUGUGCCGAAUCAACAGCCGCAAGCGCAGACACAUCAGCAAUCACAACAUCUGUCUGGUAAUAAUCACGAUAAGAAGCCUCCAUUAGGGCCAGGACCUGGAAUCCCAACACAUCAUCAGCCGCCUCCGCAUAUGUUUCCACCACCUGGAGGGUUUCCUAUUACACCAGGUAAUUUUAAUAAUCCCCCGCCGUUUUCUGUUCCGCCUCCAGGAUUUGGAAAUGCACCACAUCCUCACGCAGGGGCCCCUUGGGGGAUUCCUCCAUGGGGAAUGCCACCCCAAGCGGCACAGCCACAGCCAACUCCUCCAAAAAAUUUAAUUAUUAAACCGGGUGUGAUAGAUCCAGGGGUAAUAUCUCGUGCUGCGGAAUGGUCUGAACACAGGGCACCAGACGGUAGACCAUAUUAUUACCAUGCUGGCCGUGGUGAAAGUGUUUGGGAAAAACCUCAAGCUAUAAGAGAUUUGGAAGCUGCACGUCUAGCUGCUCAUUCUGGAGCACCACCAGCUUCACCCAUAAUUCCUCCGACAAAUAUGCCACCUCGCCCUUUAAUGCCUGCAAAUGCUGUGGUAAUACCUACAGGACCAGUUGAGCAUUUAGGAUUCCCGCCCUUAAUGGGACCACCAGGCACAGGUCAGUUAAUUGAUCCAAUGAUUUCUAAUCAAGUUGUGAAUGAUAACAAAUCAGAUAACAAGCAAAAGAAAAAGGAAAAUGCUGAUACAGAGAAUGCAAAAAGCGAUCAAAAUGAUAAAAGCCAAAAUAAAAAAACAGCGGUUGUUGAUAAAUCUAGACCAGUAUCCAGUACUCCUAUCAGUGGUACACCCUGGUGUGUUGUAUGGACGGGUGACGGCCGAGUUUUUUAUUAUAACCCUUCAACGCGUUCAUCGGUUUGGGAGAGACCAGCAGAACUAAAAGACAGACCAGAUGUGGAUAAAGCUGUAGCCAGUUGUCCGAAAAAUGUUCAGUGUAGUGCACCAGAAAAUAACUCAGAAUCGGAAAAAAGUCAUGAAACAGAAAAUAAUCAAGAAUUUGAAAUACCAGCCAAAAAAGCAAAAUUAGCUGAGCCAAAAGUAGAAAAAGAUGCUACAAAAGAAGCGGCAAUUGAGGCAGAAGUACGUGCGUCAAAGGAACGUGCCUUAGUUCCAUUAGAACAACGUGUCAAAUCUUUCAAAGAAAUGCUACGCGAAAAAGAUGUUAGCGCAUUCAGCACUUGGGAAAAAGAAUUACAUAAAAUAGUUUUCGAUCCAAGGUAUUUAUUGCUAACGUCUCGGGAACGAAAACAAAUAUUUGAAAAAUAUGUAAAGGAUAGAGCUGAAGAAGAGCGUAAGGAAAAGAGAAAUAAAAUGCGGCAAAAAAGAGAGAAUUUUCGUGAUUUACUUGAAUCGGCAAAUUUACAUUCUAAGUCAUCUUUUAUAGAAUUUUCAUCUAAAUAUGGUCGAGAUGAUAGAUUUAAAGCAAUUGAAAAAGGUAAAGAACGAGAAAGUCUGUUUAACGAAUUUAUAAUUGAAGUUAGAAAACGUGAAAGAGAAGAAAAAAUGCACCAAAAAGAAAAUAUAAAGAAAAAGUUUUUGGAAAUGUUGAAGGAGAAAUCUGAUAUUACACGACAUACAAGAUGGUCAGAUGUUAAAAAACGUUUUGAGUCAGACAGUCGGUAUAAAGCCGUAGAUAGUUCUUUCUUACGAGAAGAAUAUUUCAACGAUUAUUGUUAUUAUUUAAAGGAAGAGAAAAAAAAGAACAAAGAGAAAGACAGGGAACGUGAUAAGGACAAAAAGGAUAGAGAUAAAGACAAAGACAAGGAUCAGGAAAAAGAUCGUGAUAAAAGUUCAAAGAAGAAAAAUAAAGAUAAAGAGAAACAUAAAAAAGAUGAAGGAGAUGAUUCCGAUAAAAGCUUAGAUAAAAAUGAGAAUGAUAUUUCGAAAUCUGAUGAAGAAAUUGAGAAGAAACAGAAAGAAAGAGAUCGUCAAUUACGUGCAGAACAAAGUAUUAAAGAAAGAGAAAAAGAGGUCCAAAGAUCAUUAGCGAAUCACUUAAGGGAUCGCGAUAAAGAGAGAGAGCAUCACAAAAGAGAGGAAGCAAUGAGGAAUUUUAAUGCACUUUUAGCAGAUUUAGUACGAAAUCCAGAUUUGACAUGGAAAGAAGUCAAAAGACAAUUAAAAAAAGAUCAUAGAUGGGAGCAAGUAGAAUAUUUAGAAAGAGAAGACAGAGAGAAAUUAUUUAAUGUUCAUAUUGAUAUGCUCGUACGUAAAAAACGGGAUAAUUUCCGAGAAAUGUUAGAUGAACAAAAUUUGAAUUUAACAGCAACUUGGAAGGAUGUUAAAAAGGCAAUCAAAAGUGAUCCAAGAUAUCUUAAAUAUAGUAGCAGUGAAAAAUGUGAGAGGGAAUUUAAAGAUUAUUUGAGAGAUAAAACAAUAGAAGCAAAAGCAUCAUUAAGAGAAUUAUUGCUGGAAUGCAAAUUGAUAACACAUAAAAGUUUUGAAUCAGUACAAGAAAAUCCACUGCAUUUGAAAGAAAUUGAGGAUAUAUUAAAAAAUGAUAAAAGGUACUUAAUGCUCGAUCAUAUGGAUCAUGAACGAUCCCAAAUUAUAUUAUCCUAUUUAGAAGAUUUGCAUAAAAAAGGACCUCCACCUCCACCAACUGCUACAGAAACAACGAGACGAAAAUAAAUAAUAUUUAUUUAAUCUUUGACAUAAACUUUAUUUGAAUUUUUUUUUUAACAAAAUAAUUAAAAUCUAAAAAUUAUAAAGUAAAACAAUUAAAAAAAAAAAACAGUUUUUAUCUUCGAAUCUUUAUGUAAAUUUAUAAAUAACAAAGCGGAAAAUUU